AUGAUUACUUAUAUUGAGGGAAUUGAUAUAUUCCCAGGGUACAGACAAAAAGUGAAGGACAUUGUUGAAGGUGCUUUAUUCCCUGAAGCGGGUCUAGAAAACAAUAGAGUUGGUCAUGCAGGAGGUGCAGGUGGACUAGUGAUUGUCCGAGAUCUUGACCUGUAUUCCUAUUGUGAGUCUUGCUUACUGCCAUUCCAAAUCAAGUGCCAUGUGGGUUAUGUCCCUUCUGGCCAAAGAGUUGUGGGUUUAAGCAAGCUCUCUCGUGUGGCUGAGGUAUUUGCCAAACGACUCCAAGAGCCUCAGCGUCUGGCAGAUGAGGUUUGUUCAGCAUUGCAUCAGGGAAUAAAGCCAGCAGGUGUUGCUCUUCUACUUCAGUGUACACACGUCCACUUUCCUGACAUAGAAUCAAUUUUUCUUGAAUCGAACCAGCAACCAUGGGUGAAGAAGACCCUUGUUUCGUCAGGUUCUGGGAUUUUUUAUAACAGAAAUGCAGAUAUAUGGUUUGAUUUCUUUUGUCUUCUUAAAUUUAGAGGUGUAGAAAAAGAAAAUAUACAUCUAAGAGGAUCAUCUGAGCAAUGCUGGUGUCCGUCUCUAUCUGCUUUUUCUGCUAAAGUUUCCUCCAAAAUUGUACCAGCCAAUCCUGCAAUGGUCACUGCAGUAUCUUCAAUCCUUAAUUCUUUUGGAGAAGAUUCAGUCAGGAAGGAGCUCGCAGGGACACCUAGUCGAUUUGUGAGAUGGCUAUUGAACUUCCAAAGCAAUGAGAUGGAUGUAAAGCUGAAUGGUUCCCUUUCUGGUAGUAUUGAUACUUUGAACCGCGAUAAGGAGGUAAACUUCAAUGACAGACAAAUACACUGUGAGAUGAACUUGCCAUUUUGGUCACAAUGUGAGCAUCAUAUACUUCCAUUUCAUGGUGUUGUUCACAUAGGGUACUUCCUUUCAGAAGGAUUUAAUCCCAUUGGAAAAUCCCUUGUACAGUCUAUUGUACAUUUUCAUGGUUUCAAACUCCAGGUUCAGGAAAGGCUAACAAGACAAAUAGCAGAAACCAUUGCACCACUAUUAUUAGGUGGACAUGUAAUAGUAGUUGUAGAGGCAAGCCACACAUGGAUGAUUUCUAGGGGAAUUGAGAAGUUUGGAAGUAGUACAGCUACGAUUGCUGUAUUAGGUCACUUUUCAACUGACCUUGCUGCAAAGGCCGUGUUCUUGCAGAGUGUUGCAAGUGCUACAACUUCUCGGGGGUAG